GUGGAGGAGGAAGACAGCUCUGCACUACAGACUGAUGGGGAAUCGGAGCAACGUGUCCUUACCUGUGAAUACCACAUUGUGUACAGCCAAAGCUACAACGUCCCUGUUUUGUACUUCAAUGCCCAUUUCCAAAAUGGAAAGCUUUUGAGUUUGGAGGAAAUAUGGGAGAUGGUGCCAGCUGUGUAUAAAGAAAGGUUAUCACAAGAUAGAUGGACAUUCAUCUCACAACAGGAACACCCUCUUCUUGGUCGGCCAUUUUACUUCUUACAUCCUUGUCAUACAGCAGAUUUAAUGAAAAACAUCCCUACCUUGUCAGAUAAAAGACAGUAUAUAAUUGCAUGGUUGAGUGCAGUUGGGCCAGUGGUUGGAUUAGAACUUCAUUUGGAGUAUGGACAAAACUUCAACCCUUGAAUUGAUGUCCCUAUCUUUCCCAGUCAGCCAGUCAAAAACUAGAGCAAUCGGAGAAUGUUUCCUGGAUUUUCUUGGAUGUUAAUAGGAGUGAUGGAGUUCCAGAAAUAGUGAGGAUAAAAA